UCUGGAACGCCACAGGAGCAGCAACAGCGGCAGCCAGCGGCGGUGGCGCACAACAAAAUCGUCAGUCGCUUGCAUCCUACAUAUUCUGUAGUGGUCAGACUGACAUAGCAAGGCUAUGUUAGGCGGCUAGGCGUUAUAAAGCGAAGGAUAUAUUAACCAUCCAAGAGGUGACAAUAAUGGCACAAAGGUUUCCGGUUCCUACAACGGGAAACAAUGGCCCACCAGCCCAACGCUAUCCACCGCCGGCGGUACCUCCCAAUCUCCGCCAAUAUCCAGGUCCCAAUUUUCCGAGAUCAGGAUUCACGCCACCGCCUCAAAUGGGAAAUGCUCCUGGACCUGGUGGGAUAAUGAGACCCAAUCAACCGUAUUCGACGAUGCGGCAGGGUCCAAUGCCGGCUCCGGCAAGUAGCAAACGCAGCGCGGACCAACGCAUUCCUAUGUCUCAACCGAAGCCGUAUUUUUGGAACAGUGAUUUUUCACAUUCCACAUCCAAGAAAAAGAAGAAACUGGCAGAUAAGAUAUUGCCACAAAAAGUUCGAGACCUCGUGCCCGAGUCUCAGGCGUACAUGGAUUUACUGGCUUUUGAGCGCAAAUUAGACGCCACCAUAAUGAGGAAGCGUCUUGAUAUUCAAGAGGCACUCAAACGACCUAUGAAACAGAAAAGAAAAUUACGUAUUUUUAUUUCGAAUACGUUUUAUCCGGCGAAACCGGCGGGUGAGGGCGAGGGUCAGGAGGGUUCAGUAGCGUCCUGGGAACUACGCGUCGAGGGACGUCUCUUGGACGACACAAAAAAUGAUCCUAACAAGGUGAAGCGGAAAUUUUCCUCCUUCUUCAAGAGUUUAGUCAUAGAAUUGGAUAAGGAUUUAUAUGGACCGGAUAAUCACUUGGUGGAAUGGCAUCGUACUCUGACAACUCAAGAAACCGAUGGAUUUCAAGUUAAGCGACCUGGUGACAAGAAUGUCCGAUGCACCAUUCUUUUACUGCUCGAUUAUCAACCUCUUCAGUUCAAAUUGGAUCCACGUCUGGCGCGUUUACUGGGAGUACACACGCAAACACGUCCUGUUAUAAUUUCGGCUCUUUGGCAAUAUAUCAAGACGCACAAACUCCAAGACAGUCACGAACGCGAAUUUAUUAAUUGCGACAAGUAUCUGGAACAAAUAUUCGCUUGUCCUAGAAUGAAAUUCGCUGAAAUUCCCCAACGGCUCAAUCCUCUCUUACAUCCACCCGAUCCAAUCGUUAUUAAUCACGUUAUAAGCGUUGAAGGCACGGAAACAAAACAAACAGCGUGUUAUGACAUCGACGUUGAAGUGGACGACACCUUGAAGACGCAGAUGAAUAAUUUCUUACUCUCGACGGCCAGUCAACAAGAGAUCCAAAGUCUCGAUAACAAGAUACAUGAGACUGUCGAGACGAUCAAUCAAUUGAAGACAAAUCGUGAAUUUUUCUUAAGCUUCGCCAAGGAUCCCCAACAAUUCAUUAACAAAUGGAUUAUAUCCCAAACGAGAGACUUGAAAACAAUGACGGACGUUGUCGGAAAUCCAGAAGAGGAACGGAGAGCCGAGUUUUACUACCAACCAUGGGCACAAGAAGCUGUAUGCCGAUACUUUUAUACGAAGGUUCAGCAAAAACGUGCUGAAUUAGAACAGGCACUUGGAAUACGGAAUUCAUGAAUAAUAAACGGAAUAAUAAUAUAAACGAAGUUACGUCAAAAAGCAUUUACGUUAUACAUUGGUGAACGUUGAUAUUACUGAACGACGUCAAGUUAUAAUAAUUGGUUAAGUCGAUUCAUUGAAUCAUCAUCAUCAUCAUCAUCAUAUUUCGUGUUUGACGAAAUGCGUUAAUGCGUUUUCAGAACAUUUUCAGUGUCCAAUGAAUUCUCAAUCGGUUUUCAUUCACCGUAUCUGUAAAAUGAAGAAAAAAAAAUUUACAACCGAAGUGUAAUACUUCUUUCAACAAUAAAUGAGUCUGACACAGA